AUGGUGAGAGCUACUUGCUGUGAGAAGGUUGGAUUGAGGAAGGGGGCAUGGACGCCAGAAGAAGAUGAGAUUCUCAUGGCUUAUGUUGAGAGAAAUGGACCUGGGAACUGGCUAACUCUUCCUAGAAAAGCAGGCUUAUUAAGGUGUGGGAAGAGUUGCAGAUUCAGGUGGAUGAAUUAUCUGAAACCAGAUGUUAAAAGAGGGAACUAUAGCAAGGAAGAGGAAGAAACUAUCAUCAAAUUACAUGAAUUGCAUGGUAAUAGAUGGUCUCUGAUGGCGGCGAGAUUACCAGGAAGAACAGACAACGAAAGAAAAAACAUUUGGUAUACCCAGCUGAAAAAGCGUCUAAUCAACGGCUUAGAUUACUAA